GGGGCCUACCUGUUCCAGAACUGCACCUUCGACGGCAACGUGGCCGAGCGCGGCGGCGGCGGCGCCCUCAAGCUGACCCCGGUCAUUGGCAGCGGGGACCCGGGCUCGCCGUUCGCCAUCUGGGGCUCGACGUUCGUGGGCAACUCCGCGCUGUACGCUGGGGGAGCCAUCGAGAUCAUCGCGGGUGCGACGGGCGACGUCGAGAUCGAUAUGGGGGACUGCCUCUUCGAGGGCAACCUCGCCGGCAGCUCGGGCGGCGCCCUCGCCAUCCAGGCGGGCGUCGCCGUGAGCGUCAACCGGAGCAUCUUCAGGGCCAACUCGGCGGGUACCCACGGUGGUGCCGUGAUGGUCAAGAACACUCAGGGCCACGCUGCGCAGGUGCGCAUGGAGUCCGUAGAGCUGGAGCAGAACUCCGCCCCAGUCGCGGGUGGUGGGAUCUCCUGUGCUCAGGACAGCCUCUCCCCGACCAUUCUGGCGCUGCACGACUUCAGAAUCAGCAGCUCCGAGGUGCUUGGCGACGGCGCUGGGUUGCACUGCGCGUGCGCGCACCUCACGCUGUCUCAGGGGAUCUUCCGCAACAAUCGCGCUGUCGAGGGUAAUGGAGGUGCAGUGGUAUUGUCCUCCAACGUUGUCUGCGGAGCGACCGCAAAUGCUGUGGUUUUUGACAACGUCGAUUUCGAGCGAAACUACGCUGCGGUUGGCGGCGGCCUCGUCUUCUUUGACCACGUCAGCCCAAGCUGCAGCCUUCCUUUGCAAUCCGACGGCUCACUCAAUGCCUCCGACGAAAGUGUCUGGCGCUGGUCCAACUUCAAUGCAUCCGUACAGGAUAACGUUGCUAGCUACGGUGCGCUGCAGGCCACCGCCCCAGCCAAAAUCACCUCUGAGUGCUUGUCAAGCGCAGGUCUGGGAGGAUGCUUCACGGCCUCCACGGGGACGGACUCCGCCGUGACCUUCACGACGGCCUACCCGGGCAUGGAAGUCGACGUGCGGCUGUCGAUGAUAGAUGACUUCGGGCAGAAGAUCGCAGGAGAGAACGCGGGCUCUGGGGUGCAGGUGCAGGUGGAGAUUGCGGACGCCGCGUCGCGAGUCGUCACUGCCGGGCUGAGCCGCUUCUGGUUCGACGCCGGCGUGGUGCGCACCUCGGGCCUCUCGGUCCUUGGCGGCGACAUGGGCGACGCGUCCAGCGAGGAGCUGCUUUUCACGAUCCCGAGGGUUCUUGUCGACUACGCCUACUUGCCGCCCGGGCGGGUGCACUUGCUGAUGGGGCCGUGCCCUGCAGGCUUCGUCGGCGCCACCGCGGACGGCAGCGACUACACGUGCAGGGCAUGUCCCAGCGGGCGGUUCGCAGUCCGGCUGGCAUCCGCCUGCCAGGCUUGCGAGGCGGGCACCUUUGCAGAGUCGAGCGGCAGCGAGAGCUGCACUCCCUGCCCCGCCGGUCACAAAUGCCCUCCUGGAGCAUCCGCGCCCAUUCCCUGUCAGGCGGGCCAGUACCAGGCCUCAAACGGCAGCAUGGACUGCGAUCGAUGUGAGCUCGGCAAAUAUCCAGCUCCCGCGGAGAGCGCAGAGGCCUGCGUGGACUGCCCGCCCGGGAAGACGACCCCGUCCCUGGGCGCGCCCUUCUCGGCCGACUGCGGGUGUCCCGCUGGCUCUGCCGUGGGACCCGCAGACGUGUGCCAGACCUGCCCGAAGGGCUUUGACUGCAAGAUGGGCAGCAACCUGAGCGCCUUCGGCACGGCCGAGGCUGGGCCCGUGGCGCUCCAGCCCGGCUACAUGUCGCUCGCCGACGACGUGCUCCUGGUCUUCCGGUGCCUCUCCGACGCCCACUGCCCCGGGGGGGGCCCGGCGCAGUGCGCCCCGCACCGCGACGCGGGCUCCGUGGCCUGCGGCCUCUGCGAGCGGGGUUCCCACGCCGUCGACGGCGCCUGCGUCCCCUGCGGCGGCACGAGCUUCACCCAGGUCUUGCCGGUGUUCGCGAUCUUGCUCAUCGGGCCGCUAGUCUUGGUGGUGGUCGCAUCACAGUUCAACAAGCCGUGGGUCAAGCAGAGGGUCGAUUUCGUGCACUGCGUCGUGCAUCUGGGGAUGAUCGUAUCUGGCUUGCAGGCCUUGGGCGUAUUCGCCCAACUGAAUCUAGAGUGGUUCGAGCCAGUGAAGUCAAUGAUGCGCGCUGUUAGCGCCCUGAAUUUCAACCUGGACAUCUUUAGCCUUCCCUGCAUCAUGGGAGUAGACCUAGACCUGGUCGCCAAGUACGCUAUGCAACAGGGCAUCGCCCCCAUCUGCGUGCCCAUCCUCACAGUCGCCGUUAUCCUUCACCGCCGCAUUGGCGCAGCUGCUGCCGCUGCUGCUACUGGGACCCUCGCCUCGGUCCUCAAUGCCAUUGGCACAUGCUUCAAUGCUUUGUUCAUACUGAUUUUUUCAUCGUCGCUGCUGCCCUUGGUAUGCUACGAGCACCCGGGCGGCAGCCUUGCGUCUAUGCGGUCGACGCCGUCAGUGCUGUGUUUCGAGAGUGACGAGCACGCGAAGAUGGUCGUCAUCAUGGUCGUCGUUAUCUUGGUCGUUCUGGUGCCUUUCUUGGCGUUCUCAGUCCUCGGUACUGUCAAGCUUCGGCGGCUCACUGCGGGUGCAGACGACGGCGGCCUGUUCUAUUUUGCAGCAUGCCGUUUUCUGCACUCCAAGUUCACCAUCAGAGCGUAUUAUUUCGGUGUGCUCAUGCUCCUGCGUGGCUGCUUGAUCUGCGUAGUGCCCAUUAUCACCCGAGAUGUGGCCAUGCAGCUCACCAUGCUGAACUGCAUCCUCUGUGCCAGCCUCUGCCUUCAGGUGCGUGCGCUGCCUUGGCUGUCGGAGUUCUCAAACAUCAUCGACGCGGGAUGCACGGUGUUGCUGCUAUUGGUCCUCCAAACUGGGGGCAUGGCCGCACAUGUGAGCAUCCAAAUGGACACGGUGCGAUUGAUGGGCACGUUAGCGUUCUGCGUGUUCUUUAUUCUGAGCAUUGGCUCCUUGUUCGUGCUGCUUGUGCUGAUGGCUAAGAGACGCUACGCACCCCGUUCAUACUGGGCACUUAUCUGCCACCACAAGGGCGAUGCCUCCGCGCAGACACGGCUCCUCAAGAUCCUGCUCACCGCGAGCACCGGACGAGACAUAUUCGUGGACUCGGACGACCUGGUUGAGCUGUCGACGCUCUUCGAGGUCAUCAGAAUCGAUACCGAGCGGCUCGUGGUCCUUCUCACCCGCGACACGCUGCGGCGCCCGUGGUGCGCCGGCGAGGUGUACGUAGCGCUGAACACGGACGUCGUCCAGGUUCUCCGCGUGGAGGGCGACGCGUUCCUGCCCCCGACGGAGGCGCUCGGCGGGGCGCCGCCGCGCAACGGGUCUUCGCGCAGCCGCGCGGUUCCUAUGAUCAGAGGCG